UUUUAUUUGAAAGUUUCCUACUUUAUAUGUUCUUUUAUAUUACUUAGCCAUGAUGGUUUUGCAUUAUUAGCAGAUUUUAAUGGAGAUUGGAACAAACAAAUUUCUCUAAAAAGAGAUUUUCAGUGAGAUUUCCAAAUAGGUUUAAUGGGUCUUCUCUUCAAAGUUGCAUUAGAAUGCUUUAAUGUUCUUGCAUGGCCUCUCUUUGCAUUGGGCUACCCUCUAUGUGCUUCAGUUCAAGCUAUUGAGACUAACUCGAUAACCGACACACAGAAGUUGGUCACUUAUUGGAUCUGCUUUUCCUUGAUUUCGCUAUUCGAACAUGCUUUUAUGAAUCUGCUUCGGUGGUUUACCUCCUGGCCUUACAUUAAGCUAGUCAUGGUCGGCUGUUUGAUUAUUCCUCAUUUUGAGGGUUCUCUUUAUGUCUACAAACACCUUGUUCAUCCAUGCCUGUGUGUGAACCAACAAACUGUUCUCGACUGGUUGAUCAAGCUGAAGGAGUUCUACCUUCUAAUCAAGGAAAAAGGAGAAGCGAAAGAAACUGGACUUGAUGCUGCGAAAAAUCCCGUUUCUUUUGGUUCUUUGGCGACUUUCAAGCAGCCAAAGCUUGAAGAAGCUGAAGUUACUAAGAAAGAUAGUAAUAGUACAGCAAUCGUGGAGAAGAAAGAAUUGAUCUCAACCAAGCAGGUCGGGCAAAUAGAAUCCGGCUUCGCUUUGUCAGGAAACAGAAUGUGUACACCUAACGGGAUCAAAGAAAUAAUGGCUGCAAAAAUAACAGGUGGAGAUUUUCUCGACAUACUGCCUUCUAAAAAGAGUUCAGAGGACCGGACUAUUGACGCAUGUCAGGUCACAACGACAAGCGAGGGAGACAUAACAUGUUCAUCUCUGGAGAUCAAAGAUUUAAUCCUAGAUGAAACAAUAUCAGGAAGCCAAAAUGUGGAAGCGCAUAAAAAGCCACAGACAUUGAAUUGUGCACUGUGUAAGGUGACGGCGAGUGGCAUAAUGGGCCUGGUUUCCCAUUUUCAGGGAAAGCGACAUGAAGAUGCUCUUCAGAAGCUGAAAAUCAAGAUUCAGACAUCCAAGCUCAAUUCUGUUGCCGCUGUUGGUGUUGAAUCAGAAUCGGCAGAGAGCAUUAAUAUUCCCAACAAAUCAAAUAAUUAUGAUAUUCAGUUGCCAUGGAAAUGUUGUAUUUGUCGAGCAACACUCACAGCCGAGACAAGCCUGGUUUCGCAUCUUCAAGGGAAGCGACAUAAGGAAUCGUGCGAGAGGAUUCAAGCAUGGAAAGCUGAAGUUUCGCAGUUUCGGUGCACAAUUUGUAAUGUUAGGUGUGGUAGUGAGGGAAGCUUAAAUGAUCAUCUUAAUGGAAGCAAGCACUUGGCUAAAACUGUUCAACUUAGCAGCAGCGCGGGCAGCGCCGGCAGCAGCAGCGUGCCAAACUGAUGUUUAGUUUAGUCGGAUCGGCUGAAAUGUUUACAUUGUUUUUGGAAUUCUGCGGAGUUUGAUUUAUUACAUAUAUUAGUAUAACUAGUCCUAUGCAGUGCAGUGUAAUUAUCCUGAAGCGUAUAAUUUUAUCUUUUAUAUAUAUUUUCUUAUCAUAAAA